UCCAACACCCCUUUAAAAACGCUUCUCCCUCCCACGAAACGCUUGGUAAAUAAAUAAUUAAGAUUUUUUAUUUUUUUUUCUCCUUACUCACUCCAAACCUUUCUUUUCCCUCUCUGUCAUGGAGCGCCUGGGUUCUUCAGAUUCUUUGACUGCUCUCAUCUCCAUCUUUCCACCUAAAGAGGAGAAGAGUAAACAGAGCAAGCAGGGUUACAGUAGUGAAUUCCAGGCAAUGUUAGACAGCUUCAUUGAAGAAGAUUAUUUAGAGGAAGUCAGCCAUGGCGGCAGCACAGAGAAGAAAAGGCGAUUAACUUUGGAUCAAGUUAAGGCGCUUGAGAAGAAUUUCGAAAUGGAAAACAAACUAGAGCCUGAGAGAAAGAUGAAGUUAGCAGAAGAAUUAGGCCUGCAACCAAGACAGGUAGCCAUUUGGUUCCAAAAUCGCCGAGCUCGUUGGAAGACGAAGCAAUUAGAGAAAGAUUAUGGACUCCUAAAAGCCAAUUAUGAUGCUCUUAAGAAUGAUUACAGCAGCCUCGAACAAGAAAAAGAAGCUCUUACUUCAAAGCUAAAAGAGUUGAAAGCUAAGCUCAAGGAAGGGCAAGCAGAGAGCAGUAAUUCUUUUCGUCAAGACUGUCAAAUUCUUUCAGUUCAGAGUCAAGAAGGCAGUGACUUGUGCAGCAGAGAGAUUGUUAAAGAAGAAACAGAUAACAUCAAUGGCGGUUCAUCCUCUUUUCAUGAUUUCAAUUGUUCUUCGUCUUCAAAUCAAUGGAGCGAGCAAUUUCAUAUACAGAAUUCAAGAAUGGGUUUCGGCCAUUCGAGUUCCCAGUUCGUUAAAAUCGAAGAACAGAGCUUGUUCCCUGCAGAUGAGUCCUGCAAUUUCUUCUCUGUUGAUCAAGCUCCAACUCUUCAAUGGUACUUCGCCGGACACUGAAAGUUAAAAAAAA